AUGUCCGCCUGCCUCCUUCCUCCCGACAGCGGAGCCCUGCCAUAUCGCGGCGUGAUGCUCGACGUAUGUCGUCACUUCCUGUCGAUGUCCGAGGUUCGGCGCAUGGUCGAAGCGCUCGCCCUGCUCAAAAUGAACGUACUGCAUCUGCACCUCAGCGACGACCAAGGGUGGCGCUUCGAGUCGCUCAAGUGGCCCAAGCUUACGACGCACGCCUCUACGCGCCCCAAGACCGUCGUGGGCCGCCCGGCAAACUACAGCAACCACGACCUGCACCCAGAGAACUACCUGAACCAGUACGAUGACAAGGUGCACAGCGGAUUCUACUCGCAGAACGAGCUGCGCGAGCUCGUCGCCUUCGCCAAGAGCAAGGGUAUCACGGUCGUCCCCGAGAUCGAUAUGCCAGGCCACAUGCGUGCCGCUCGCGCCGCAUAUCCUGAGCUCGGGUACAACGGUGUGCAGCAGGAAGUCGCUUGCAGCUGGGGCAUCUUUCCCGAGGUGCUGCGCGUGGAUGAGCCCGGUAUCCAGUUCGCCAAAGACAUCCUCGGCGAGAUCUGCGACGUAUUCGACUCGCCAUACAUCCACAUCGGCGGCGACGAGUGCCCCAAGGCCGAGUGGGCAGCGGCCGAUACCGCCCGCAAGCAGGUGGAGCAGAUGGAUCUCGACCCCGACCACCUCGAUAGCUACCAUAAGCUGCAGGCGUGGUUCACGGGCGAGAUGGCCGCCUUCCUGGCGUCCAAGGGGCGCAAGCUGUUGGGCUGGGACGAGAUCCUCGACGGCGGCGCGCCGGACGGUGUCGUCGUCAUGGCUUGGCGCGACUGGACGCACGCCGCGGAGCGAGCCACCAAAGCGGGCAUCCCCGUGGUCCAGGCUCCCAGCCUGCUGUACUUUGACUACGCGCAGGGCCCAGAGAAGGACGAGCCGCUAGCGAUCGGACCCGGCGCGACGCUCGAGCAGGUCUACGCCUUCGACCCGUUCAAGGGCGUCCCUGAGGAGCGUCGUGAUCUCGUGCUCGGCACCCAGGCGCAGCUGUGGUCCGAGUACAUCCCGACCCCGGAACAUCUAUGGUAUAUGGCUUUCCCGCGCCUCAUUGCGCUGGCGGACGUCGCGUAUCACGGAGAGAAGCGCGACAGCUACGAGGAUUUCCUAAAGAAGCUGCCGGCGCGCGUGGAGGGGCUGAAGAAGCUGGGCAUCGAGGGACACCCGCUGCCGUAG